AUGUCGCGUCCAACCGGUUCAACCCCACCCGGUCUGUUACCAAAAUCUGAUAAAUCUCUUGAACAUUUGAAACGAUUCUUCAAUCAAGCCCACUUAGACAAGUCGCUAUUGGCACAAUUGACGAGAUUGACAAAACCAAAUUGCGGUUGUGCUCAAGCCACAAGCUGUAUGCGUGAAAUUCUUAAACGCGUUGACAGAAGUUCUUCCGGCAAGGCACCUACUGCAGACGCUCAAUUAAAUUAUGUGCGGAGCAUCAAGGUGCUUUUGGAACGGUCCGCUCCUGUUCUAUUUGAUAGAGAAUUCGGUCAGGAGCUUGUCACGCAAAUGGUUGUCGUCCGAGAGACUGAGUCUACCUCCGGAUUGACCCAUCCGUUCGAUCUCACACGUUCUCUCCGGUUACUUUACUCAUUGACAGUGUAUUUCAAAAAGACGCUGCCGACCGAUGAAGUGAUGGAUUACCUAGUGGGAAUCCUAGCGCACCAACCAGUAAUGCUUGAGGAUUCUGCGUCCGCCAAAGGAUCUCAUACUUCUUUAAAUGGCAGCGAACAGGAUCCUCUUACAGUUCAGGAGCUCGCGCUUUAUAUUCUUUGUUGGCUUAUGGGUGGAUCAAAUGGGCUGUCGGACGGCGAUAUUCAGACUCAAAGUCGACCGGUCACGCGAGUAUCGGUCACUCAAUUCGGUGGAUCUGAAGCAAAUCUUAAUGAACGAGCUGCUGACUUGUUACCAUUAUUGAGCGAAUUGUGCUGCAACGGUAUGACUUUCGACUUUCCGCCUGUUCCGUGCUGUUCCGGAUCCGGAACCCAGCCAAAGACGCUGCCGACCGAUGAAGUGAUGGAUUACCUAGUGGGAAUCCUAGCGCACCAACCAGUAAUGCUUGAGGAUUCUGCGUCCGCCAAAGGAUCUCAUACUUCUUUAAAUGGCAGCGAACAGGAUCCUCUUACAGUUCAGGAGCUCGCGCUUUAUAUUCUUUGUUGGCUUAUGGGUGGAUCAAAUGGGCUGUCGGACGGCGAUAUUCAGACUCAAAGUCGACCGGUCACGCGAGUAUCGGUCACUCAAUUCGGUGGAUCUGAAGCAAAUCUUAAUGAACGAGCUGCUGACUUGUUACCAUUAUUGAGCGAAUUGUGCUGCAACGGUAUGACUUUCGACUUUCCGCCUGUUCCGUGCUCUUCCGGAUCCGGAACCCAGCCAGUUGUUCCACACACUGGUGCCCGGUUAAAUAAAGCCAAAACUGCACGUGGGGUGCCGAAGCAAAACACCGAUUCUUCGAGCGACGCGUCGCCUAUCAGCACUGAUCUCUACAUGGCUGGUCUAGCAUGGCGCCGUGAGCGUCGUCGUGCUAAACUAGCUACGCAGAUUCUCUUAUGCAUGCGGAAAUUGGCAUUUCGCUUCAGAGUCAAUGCUUAUAAAGCAUCCUCAUUGCAACCGUGCGUCAAACUGCGCCGUAUUGAUUCGGUUGAUGAGGUCGAUUUAGAUGCCGGUUCUGUGGAUGCUGUUGAUACAACUACGUCCGGAGACAUGGGUGUUCCAAGUCCCUUAGAGAGAGCAAUCCAGUCAGCAUUGGAUAAGGUGGUCGAGAAUUGCCUGUCGUGUCCGACGCAUUCGGGUAACUAUGUCACCUGCCUCACAACCCUCAGCCGCAUCGCGCUUCAGUUGCCCUUGGUUUACAAUCGGGAAUUCAAAAGGCUCAUUACCAAAACUCUGGUGCAACAUGUAUUGGCGCGUGAUGAGUUUCUGUCAUCCAAUUUCAACGACUCAGUGGACGGUGACACCGGGGUUUUGAAUCCACCUCACUCCGGCGAAGCUCAUUCAGAGGUUGGUGGCAACAUUUCAGUGCCUGAACCGAAGGUGUCCAGCGAUUGGCUACAUGAUGGCCACAUUCCCUUGCUCACUCGAAUUAAGGUACGUUUCUCACCUAGUUUCUCUACCUCUCGGUCAUGCUGGCUUUUUCAUGAUUCGUCUGCUUGGCAAUUAUGCUGA